CCGCUACCAGACACGCUUCAUUGUAGUUUCUGCGCAGCGGAACGCACGCCUUUCAUAAAUAUCGUGUAUUGCUGCGUAGUGUUGUGGCAGACCUGCUUGACCCACCGCGCACUGUUAAGUUGUCGACUGAGUGAGGCAAAGUCGAACGGAAGCCGAUAUCCAAUGGGAACAUUAAGCAAAUACUUCUACGAGGCAACUCGAGAUAAAUCAUGCCGGGAUAUGCUUCAUCCGGGUUACACGUGCUUCGAGGCAGGACAAAUUUACAUUUAUCAAGGAAUUGUGGGUGCUAUGAGGCACUACCUCCCGGGAGCUGUGACGGCGUUACUGUUUCGGAUGAAUCAAUGGGACGACCCGGAGGUUUGGAAAAACUCUUUACUGCAAUAUCUGCGAUGCAUAAUUGCUGGGUUGCCGAUGACGGCCGGUAGCUUCCACUUCUUUUGCGGAUUCUACAACCUAUUCGGUAGAUUUUCGGCCCCCUUCUUCACAUUCAUUCCUUCGUUCCUCGGUGCAUGUACAUGUAUGUAUCUCCCCAGAACAAUCGUACACGCUCAGGGAAUAGGAUUGUUUAAUAUGUAUAUCGAAUUUCUCAUCCGACGUCUGCGUGGAACUACCGCUGAAGCCCUACGUGCAUCUAAACUUGCCGGAACUCUGUUCUUCAGCAUCUUUAGUGCCGCUAUGCUGCCUGCUCUCGAAUAUCUGCAAAUCAAUCGUUUCUGGUUUGCCAGUAUUUACCGGAAUCGUGGCACAGGCGACAACGAAACCAUCCGGCCGAACAGUUGUUCACAUCAUCCCGAUCGAUCGUGCGUUUUACAUGUCACCACUCAGGUUAAAAAAUCCUUCUACUUUGGACUGGCCAUUUGUCUGAUAAAGAACGCAUUGCCGAGACUCACUAUGGCCUUUCGAAACCCGCUACAAUUUGCCAGAACGAUGGUCUCCAGAUUUGAUUACGGCCUUAUUGGAUUCUUCACUGCGUACAAAGCUCUCUACGAGUUUUUCAACUGUUACCUGAUUCAGAACAGCAAUCUUAGUCCGUUAGUUCGAGCCACCAUAACGGGAUUCAUCAGCGGGACCGCGUAUUGUCUUUAUCCAAACUACCUAUUGUUCACGUAUCCCAUAUCGGAAUUGGUAGAAGUUUACUGGUUGGUGUACAUGAAAUCAAAACUGCCCAAACCCAAGAUUGUCCAAAUGAUAGAUCGGUUUCCCACGGUACUACUAAUGUACAUGUUCAGCUUGGGUAUGAUGUACCAUUUACGUGUAGUUUACCCGUACCAUACCAAUCGCUAUUGUCACAAGUUGAUGGCCAUCGGCACUACGGGGCGAUCGGAAACACUAGCUCGUGGCUACGCCGAGAUCAUGAUGGGUUAUAGAAAUUAA